AUGGAUAUAAAAGAGAGACACAAAUCGCACGUGAAUUUCGACACAGAAUUCACGGGAAGUACUGAUUGGGAGUGCGUUGACUACCAUAGCCUUCCCAAAUGGCUUCAGGACAACAAAUACCUGCACCGACACCACCGGCCAGUCAUACCAUCCUUUUACCAGUGUUUUGGCUCAAUAUUUCGCAUACACUCGGAAAGUGGCAAUAUAUUGACCCAUUUGAUCGGGUUCAUAUUAUUCGCAAUCAUAGCACCCGUACUACUCCUAAACCCCAACACGAGUCUCAAACCUAUCGACAAACUCAUGCUUUUAAUCUACUUCUUGGGGGCACUCACGUGUCACCUGUUGUCCACCGUAUACCACACCUGCAAAUGCCAUUCCCCCGGUGUUUGUCAACUGUUCCACUCACUGGACUUCUGUGGCAUUUCCCUACAGAUCAUCUGCUCUAUGAUACCAGCCUUUUAUUAUGGCUUUUAUACUCAACACAUGCAAUCGUUUUACUUGUAUGGAGGGUCGGGGUUCAUACUAUUCACGAUAGCCCUGUGCAUCAGCGUAUGGCCUAAAUUCGCUACACCCACCUACAAACCCCUGCGGGCACUGGUAUUCUUGGUGUUUGGCCUCUCAAAUGUAAUUCCU